UGCCAACGAAACCACAUACUAUUGAAGGGAAUCCUAAUAGGUUGCAACGUAUACUGAUCUCUCUUGCGCAUUCUUCUUUCCACCAUCUUCCCCUACUCCAAUAUCCCACCGAAGAUGACGUCGCUUUGGGACAACCCGUCUCAGGCUGAGACUGUUGGAUAUUCCUUCCAUCCGUCAACUAGUGGCUCAAUUAGGGAGCACUCGUUUUACCCGUAUACCGACAAUGGUGGCUCUACCUUGGGUAUCGCUGGCUCCGAUUUCACGAUUCUAGCAGGUGAUACCCGGUCCGUCGCUGGCUACAACAUCAACUCUCGCUACGUCCCAAAAGUUUUCAAGAUUGGAGGUGACGAGGAAACUAGUGAAGGGGCAAAUAUCAUUCUGUCUGUUGUCGGUUUUGCGGCAGAUGGCCGGGCUCUCAAAGAGCGGUUAGACACGAUCGUGAAGAUGUACAAGUACCAACACGGAAAGCCCAUGUCUGUCAAAGCAUGUGCUCAGCGAUUGGCGACAAUUCUGUACCAAAAACGAUUCUUCCCGUACUACGUCCAUGCUAUUCUAGCAGGCCUAGAUGAGGAAGGCAAGGGAGCUCUGUACAGCUACGACCCGGUGGGUUCGUAUGAGCGAGUGCAGUGUCAGGCAGCGGGGUCUGCAGCGAGCUUGAUUAUGCCGUUCCUUGACAACCAAGUCGACUUCAAAAACCAGUACAUUCCCGGAAGCGGCGAAGGACUUGCUUUAAAGCCGAAGAAACAAGAGCCUCUGCCCAGGGAGACAGUGGAACAGCUAGUCCGGGAUGCCUUCACCAGCGCAGUGGAGAGACAUAUUGAAGUUGGUGAUGGCUUACAGAUGCUCAUUGUUAGCAAGAGUGGGAUAGAGGAGGUCUAUACCCCAUUGAAGAAGGACUAA